CCGCCGGAGCGCCGCGGUCCCGCCGCCUCCCGUGGACACAUGCACCCGCCGGCAGCUCCCGGGGCCGGCCGCGACGGGGGCAACGCCGAGGGCAUCCCGCUGACCCCGGGUCCAGGCGAGAGGCAGAGCCCGCGGCCCGGGCGCUAGACCGCCUCGCCAUCCGCACGCCGCGGCUCGAGAGGAGGAGCCCUGGCCGGGCGGUGGGCCCCGGGUCCUGCGCCAGCCGCCGGCACAGCCGCCACUCCCGCCGGCUCCCCCAUGGAUAAGGCGGGCUCGCUGCACACCUCGGUGCCCACGCCGCCGCCCCGGCUCUACCUGCCGCGCAACUUCAGCUGCAGCGCCUGCCUCUAUGGCAGCCUGGCCGAGCAGUGCAGGGCGGGCUGCAGCCCCGACGGCGACGCCGCGCCCCCGCCCGUGGUGCGGGAAGCGGCGGACGAGAAGCCGCCGCCGCCGCCCCGCGGCCGGGAGCCCGCGCUGCCCGCCGUGCCGCCCAGCCCCACGCAGCGCCGCCGCGCCAAGUCGUUGCCCACGCCCGGCGACCGCAGCCUGCGCCCGGCGCUGCAGCAGAGCCCGUCCCGCCGCAAGACGGUGCGGUUCGCCGAUUCCCUCGGCCUGGAGCUCACCUCCGUGCGCCACUUCUGCGAGGCCGACCUGCCGCAGGUGCCGCUGCCCGCCCCGCCGCCGCCGCGCACCGCAGAUCUCUUCAAGACGAGGAAGCCGCCGGCGCUGGGCGACUUGGAGCCGGUGCUGUUCGGGCCGCCGCCACCGCUGCUAGAGCCGCUUUUCCCUCCGCAGCCCGGCGCCAGCCCCGGCUUCGCGGAGCGGGUGCGGCAGCACAAGGUGAGGCUGGAGUGGGUGCGGGCCGAGCCGGCGGGGCUGCGCGGCGCGGUGCGCGUCCUCAACCUGGCCUACGAGAAGGCCGUGUCGGUGCGCUACACGCUCAACAGCUGGGCCAGCUGCGCCGAGGUGCCCGCUGCCUACCAGGCACCCGGUCCGGCGGACGGCAUCACCGACCGCUUCACCUUCCUCCUGCCCCUGGGCGCUGCCGCCGCCGCCACCGAGGCCUCUCUGGAGUUCGCUGUCCGCUACCGCGUCGCGGGCUCCGAGUACUGGGACAACAACGAGGGCAAGAACUACCGGCUGCGGGGCCGGCAGCGCGGCCCUCCCGCCACCGGCCCGCCGCAGGACCCCGACAGCUCCGCCUGGAUCCACUUCAUCUGAGGUGCGGAGGGAGCGCGCAGCCCCGGGGGGCCGGCGGGCCGGUCCCGCGGGGGGGCCCAGGC